CCGGGUCAGCUGGCGAAGCUGAUGGUCACAUGAUCGAAAGUGCAGGAGGCGGAAGUGAAGAAAACAGGAAGUUAUAACAUGGCAUCUGCAGGCUCAGGACAGGCUAAUGAUGGCCAGAAAUUGCACCUUAAUCUCAAAGUAACAAAUACCCCGCUGCUACUGAACAUACAGACCCCUACAGAGAACACAGGCAGCUUGGAGAGCAGAGGGGAUGCUGAGUGGGGUAAGCCAUGUGCGGAGCCCAGAUCACCUACUGAGGAUGAAGCCGCAGACUCUGAGAUGAUAUUUGAGAAUGGUCACUUUGCUCUAGACAAAGUCAGGGACUAUGAUUCUCACCCCCCAGCUACAGAGAACAGUUCUAGACAGCCAGUUAAAAUCCAGACUGAUGAAAAUGAUGUCCCAGUGAUUGUGAAUGGCGAUCAUGAACACAUUUCUGGGCCAAACACUGUGGCCUCUAUAGGAAACAACUUGACUAGCAGCGUCACCAGUUCUACACCUUCCCCUGGCUUAGGGUUACCGCCUGGGGCAAACGUAGAGUCAUCUGAGUCCUGCUCAUUGCUUUCAACUGCUGCCACCCCAUCAUCAGACGGUUUGCCAUCUGGGUGGGAACAGAGACAAUUGAGCAAUGGCCGUGUAUAUUAUGUGGACCAUAACACAAAGACCACCACUUGGGAGAGACCUCUACCUCCUGGAUGGGAGAAGAGGGUGGAUAAUCGAGGGCGCUACUACUAUGUGGACCACAAUACUCGUACAACUACAUGGCAAAGACCUACUGCUGAAUAUGUCCGCAAUUAUGAACAAUGGCAGACCCAAAGAAACCAGCUACAGGGGGCAAUGCAACAGCUCAGCCAACGUUAUCUAUACCAGUCUCCAGCCAGCGCUCCAGACAAUGACCCACUUGGACCUCUUCCCAAUGGAUGGGAGAAGCGACAAGAUAAUGGGAGAGUGUAUUACGUGAAUCACAACACACGUACCACACAAUGGGAAGACCCACGGACACAGGGUAUGAUCCAGGAGCCAGCACUCCCUCCAGGAUGGGAAAUGAAGUACACCAAUGAAGGGAUCAGAUACUUUGUAGAUCAUAACAAUCGUACCACAACUUUUAAGGACCCAAGACCUGGAUUUGAUUCUGGGGUCAAACCAGGGAGUUCGCCAGGGGCAUAUGAUAGAAGCCGGAGCUUUCGAUGGAAGUACCAUCAAUUUCGGUUCCUUUGCCAUUCAAACACUCUUCCAAGCCAUGUGAAAAUCAGUGUAUCCAGGCAGACGUUGUUUGAGGACUCUUUCCAACAGAUCAUGAACAUGAAACCAUAUGAUCUACGGCGCCGUCUUUACAUUAUAAUGCGUGGUGAGGAAGGUUUGGACUAUGGAGGAAUUGCCAGGGAGUGGUUCUUUCUGUUGUCCCAUGAGGUGCUGAAUCCCAUGUACUGCCUGUUUGAAUAUGCUGGGAAAAACAACUACUGCCUACAGAUAAACCCAGCAUCUUCCAUCAACCCCGACCACCUCACAUACUUCAGAUUCAUUGGACGCUUUAUAGCAAUGGCUCUUUACCAUGGGAAGUUCAUAGAUACAGGAUUCACUUUGCCAUUCUACAAGAGGAUGCUGAACAAGAAGCCAACAUUAAAAGACCUGGAAUCCAUUGAUCCAGAAUUUUACAAUUCCAUUAUGUGGAUCAAAGAAAAUAGUUUGGAGGAAUGUGACUUAGAGCUUUAUUUUGUGCAAGAUAUGGAGAUUUUGGGGGAAGUGACGUCUCAUAAACUGAAAGAAGGCGGUGAAAACAUCCGAGUAACAGAGGAGAACAAGGAAGAGUUUAUCAAUCUUCUUACUGACUGGAGAUUCACUCGUGGUGUUGAGGAGCAGACCAACGCUUUUCUGGAUGGCUUCAAUGAGGUUGCCCCUUUGGAAUGGCUGCGAUACUUUGAUGAGAAGGAGCUUGAGCUGAUGCUAUGUGGGAUGCAAGAGAUUGAUUUAAGUGAUUGGCAGAAAAACACAAUCUAUCGGCACUACACCAAAAACAGCAAACAGGUCCAGUGGUUCUGGCAGGUGGUAAAAGAGAUGGACAAUGAGAAGCGGAUCCGACUUCUGCAGUUUGUGACUGGAACAUGCCGUCUUCCUGUUGGAGGAUUCUCAGAACUGAUUGGUAGCAACGGACAUCAGAAGUUCUGUAUUGACAAGGUUGGAAAAGACACUUGGCUUCCUCGAAGUCACACCUGUUUUAAUAGAUUGGAUUUGCCUCCUUACAAAAGCUAUGAGCAGCUGAAGGAAAAAUUGCUUUUCGCCAUUGAGGAAACAGAAGGGUUUGGACAAGAAUAGUCCCUGUCUGUAUGAGAAGAAUAAUUGGGGAAAUCCUCCUUCAGGUUCCAUAAUGCAACUGUUUCCACAUGAUCUGGAUUUGGAGGAAAGGUGUCCAGUCAUUACAACAUGUUUGUAAUGGUGUCAAUUACUGAUAAGACUCAUGAGGGUAAAAGGCAUCUAACUUGGUGGGCACCAAAGAUCUUAAGUGAUUGGAUAAUCUGAGUGCUUCUUAUAGCUGGUUCUUUUUAAGGAAAUACGAGGACCCUUUACUGAGAAGAGGUCAGACAACCAAAACCUGUAGAGAACCUUUCAGUAGUCUCCUUCUAGUCAAAGCGUCACCGCUUUUCAUGUGUAAAUCCAUGCACAUAAGAUAAUGGAUCAUUAAACCUACUUGUUCAGCCAUAGUGCUGCUUUUCGCUCAGGGAAACUAAGGACUGGACAGGCUAAAAUCCAAUCUUGCUGUCCCAGAUGGAAGAAAUGGAGGGACAGUGUAACUUUUCUCCAUACACGUGAGAUUUCCAAUGGGCAACAUGAAAGCAUUAUUCUGGAGUUAAACAUUAAUGGUUUAUCCAGGGAUUACUACAUAUCCACUUUACUGUUUACACAAGCACAGUAGUUCAUUUGUACUAGUGACUGUGUCUGGUACUGCAGCACAGUCCUAUUCAAGUGAAGGAGACUGAACUGCAGUACCAGGCACAGCCACGUUUUGUUCCGAACGCUGGGUGCGGGCUGCGGGGGUCGUGACGUCACGGCCACUAACCUUGUGA